GAGAAUAUCUUCAACUUACUUUCACCAACUUUCAGAACCGUGGAGUCUGGAUGUCUUGGUUGUUUCGCUCAUAUUUAUGACCUUGGUGGUCGAAUCGCUUCUACUACCUAGAGAACCUAGAGCAGAAGUUGUUCUGUUAGCUUGUUUCACCGUUCGUCCUUCUAUCUUUCACCAAGAUGGAGGAUCAGCGAACAGAAGAGUUUGACUGCGUCGCCGCUAUCUUUCCUGAAAUCGAAUUCAACUCCACUAACAAGUUUCGCGCUUCCAUCGAACUAUCUGUGAAGCCCGGAAACCCGGUCACUGUCUCGUUUCCCACUGCGUCCGAUGGUGUGCUAAACUUCCCUACCCCGCCAUUGUCUGCCAGUUCUGAAAAUGCGGAGGGCAACGCAAUCAACAAUCCCGUAGUUAAUAAUACCGAAUCGCACGAAAUCACGUAUCUACCAUCACUGCAACUACAUAUUACAUUACCAGAAGGUUACCCGGAAUCUGAACCUCCGAAGUUUGAGCUGUCUACAACACCCGCAUGGCUUCCUCGAACCCGUCUCGAUGAGCUUGAGGCCGAUGGAGUUCGCAUGUGGGAAGAAAUGGGUCACGACUUGGUGGUAUUCGCAUAUAUUGAUUCACUACAACAAGGGGCUGAGAAUGCCUUUGGUUAUGGCGAGGAAGACAAAAUGUUAGAGAUUCCACAAGAUGAUAAGAUCGCAUUGCUCGAUUUCGACAUCAAAUCUAUACAAGAAGCAUUCGACAAAGGAACCUAUGAUUGCGGUAUCUGUCUUGAUCCCAAAAAGGGCUCCGCUUGCCAUAAAAUGAUCGAUUGCGGGCACGUCUUUUGCAUCGAAUGUUUACAAGAUUUCUAUAAUAAUGCGAUCAAAGAGGGUGAUCUAAUAUCGGUUCGUUGCUUGGCCCCAAAUUGCGCAAAAGAGCGAGCCGAAAAGUCCACCAAAAAGUCUCGAAAGUCGAAAACUCAACUGAGUCCCAGCGAACUUCUUCAAAUACCCCUUGAACAUGAUGUUGUCACGCGCUUUGUGAAACUCAAGCAUAAAGCUCAACUGGAAUCUGACAAAAACACUGUGUACUGCCCAAGAGCUUGGUGUAACGGAGCUGCUAGGUCAAAAAAAUAUCGCAAACCAGAAGGUCUUGAGGACGAUGAAAGUUCAGAUGAUGAAUCCGAAACAGAGAUGAAAGGAAAGGGAAAAGGGUUUGUUGCAGGAGCGGACCUUAUCGCAAUCUGCGAGGACUGUUCUUAUGCUUUCUGUAGUCGAUGUCUACAGGGAUGGCAUGGAGAAUUCAAAAUUUGCACUCCAAAGAGAGAGAGAGAAGAGCUUUCUGAAGAAGAAAAGGCUUCGUUAGAAUACAUGCAACUUCAUACUACACCUUGCCCUACGUGUGCCGCUCCGGUUCAAAAAACACACGGGUGCAACCACAUGAUCUGUUUCAGAUGUAAUUCCCAUUUCUGUUAUCUUUGCUCGGCUUGGCUGGAACCAGCAAAUCCUUACAAGCAUUUCAACCAAGAAACUACGGGCUGCUAUCAACGACUUUGGGAACUUGAAGCGGGUGACGGCGACGAUGUUGGACGUGGCUUUGGUGGUGGAGUACAGGAAGCAAUCAUCGAGAUCCCUGAGGAGAUCGAAGAACCCGAGGUGGAGGAACCAGAGCAGGAAAUUCAGGAGCCCGAAGAGGUAAUUGAGCAAGGCGAACGACAGGAAGUAGAGCGACAAGCCCCUCUAGUUUUACGUCUAAAUCAGCCUCGUCAAGUUGCGCAACCUGCCCCUGCAGUCCCUGAUGCCCCGCAGGCACAUCGUGGACAACACAAUCGAGGAAAUCGACAGAAUCAGGGUCGUGGUAAUGGCGCUCCUCGUGGUCGUGCUGUUGGUAUGAAUAGACAGGAAAUCCCGCGGCAAGGGGCUGGCAGGGGUCGAGGCCGAGGUCGAGGUCGAGGUCGAGAUGACAUAGUUGUUGAUGCUGAAGAUCAGGACCAGCAUGCAGCGAAUCAGGCUUGGGUCCAGAGAUUUGUACGCAUGGCGUUAAACGACGAAGAAGAUCAGUUGGAAUGGGACGAUGAUGAAGAAAAUCAUGCCGCCUGGGAAAUACCAGUUCGGUAAUAGCUAUGAUAAUUAUUAAUAGGGUCGGAUUAAGGACGUGGAACACCAUGGCGCUGGCGAUAGAAAUUACAUAUUUAUUGGCGUUCUACGGUUUGUCGUUGUAGACAAUUGGGAUAUCUCGGUUUGCAUAUUAGCGAAAGGGGUGGGUGCAUGAUGGAGUACGUCGAUCCAUGAUAAAUACUUUAUCUCGUAAUUAAGAAGUAUUACUCAAUGGGUGCUUAGUUAAAUGAAGAUUGUAAUUUAUCAACCUCUAUUGGUCUUUUUCCAUUUAGAAAGCAUGUUGUGGGACGUAAAUUCAACAAGCGAAAGAGCAAUUCUUGGCGAUGUACACA